AAUUGCUAGCAACAAAGGGACAAAUAACAAAAGAAUAGGUUUGUGAAAGAAACAAAGAGGAGGGGCCAAUGAUUGAUUUUCUGCAAGCUCCUCCCAUCACAUAUCUCGAAAAUAUACUACAGUUAAAUUAGACCAUCGAACCAUUUUCUCCUGUUCAUCAACAGAGACUAGAGAUUCAGAUAGCUACAAUCUACCCUUCAUCACCCAACUCUGUCGUUUAUUUUUCUUCGUUGAUUAAGUCUGCUUCCAUCUUCCUUUUCUUACUUUUCAGACUUUUAUUUGGCAGAAUUUGAUGAUUAGUGAUCUGGGCGGCCGGCUGGGGAAACCCCUGGAAAUUCAGUGUUGGAUCUGAUUGUUAAGAAAAUUUGAUCAAGCCCAGUAGCGAUUUGGGGUGUUUAUAGAGUUCAGAUUGCUCGAAAGACAUGAAUUUCAGGAGCAUGGAGGAGUUUUGGCCGUUUUACAUGAACCAGCACUCGAAACCAGCAACAAGGCGUUGGCAUUUUGCAGGGACCCUUUGCAGUAUUUUGUGGUUGGUGUACUCAGUGCUGUUCAAUUGGUGGUUUGUGAUAUUGGUGCCGGUAAUUGGGUAUGGCUUCGCUUGGUAUAGCCAUUUCUUUGUUGAAGGGAAUGUUCCUGCAACUUUUGGGCACCCCUUUUGGUCUCUACUAUGUGAUUUCAAAAUGUUUGGAUUGAUGCUUACUGGUCAAAUGGAUAGAGAAAUCAAGAGGCUUGGUAAGAGGCCUAUAUUGCAAGCAUACUGAUACUCGUGUUUUGAGUGCUUCUUAUGAUUUUGUACUUCUUCUUAAGACAUAGUUCUAAUGACAUGUGCACAACUUUCUUGUCAUUGAGAUUCUUUCUUGAAUUCUGUUCAAAUCUGUCGUUGUAUAAUCUGGUUCAAGCUUCUUACAAUCAUGGCUUCUGCAACUUGGAUAUCUUGCCUUGUAGGAUAGUUGCCUGUCUGCUGGAAUUUGGUCUAUUUAUGAAUAUGGCGAACGGCAAAGCCUCCUCUUGGGAUCAGUCGACUUUAACAUUGUACAUGCUUUUGAGUUUUUCGAGUUUGGGGUAGUAAUAGUAUAGUUUCUACUGACCUGUUCUCGUCUCUGCUGUUCGGGCGACUACUUACUGCAAAAUA